GAAUCGAACGGGACAACGUCUUGCUGUGAGGCGGUAAUGCUACCGCAGCACCACUACCGCGGGACUUUCUCGGUACUCCACUACAUGACAGAAAUAAAAUUAGGGUAAAAAGACGAAAUCCAUAUUCUAGUAACUUAGACAGGAAAACUUAGCACUACGUUUGCAAUUUAUUUCAAGAAACACACCUGCAUAAUACUAUUACCUAUUGAGUGAACUAACGCAAGAACCUAUUUCGCUGAUUUUCAUAGUGAACCAGGUAUUUACAAUUGGAUUCAAGCUGAUGCAACCGCUCAUGAAGCGUCAUUUCCGGCCACGCCGCGCCGACUUGCGGAACUCAGUACCGCUCGCUGGGCAACGGACAGUGUCACUGUAUUGACAGAAUGGCUUCUUCAGAAGGAUUUGUAUUUAAAAAAUAUAAUUUUGAGUUUUUCAGAUUUCGUAAUUGUGUUACUUGCUACUGGGUGACAAGACCGAUGCGAUAAGAAAGGCGGUUGCCGCAAUCCAACUGUCUUUAAUAUAAUGAACCGAGGUCACUUCCUUGAUGGAAGAGGUUCUGGUUGCCGCCGAGGAGAGGCCGGGCUGGGAAUGUCCUCUACGGGUGCCACAAACCAGGAAAACUCUCUGUCCAAGAUUCUGUCACAAGCUUUGCGGCCAAAUUCGAAUUUUCUGCAUUCCCUGCUGAAUGGCGACCCUAGUCCAAACUUAAAGACGAGGAAGUCAAAUGUGACAUUUCAGCCAAGCUUCCUAGAGACCUCGGUGCCCGGAGAUCCACAAGCACUACUUCAGAAUCUGACAUGUAGUUUUACAGUGCAAAGUGGAUCAUUCCUCCCAGCGUGGGAGACACCUCAGUCAUUUGAAGCACUUGGGUGCAGAGAUUUCAGCUCCCAUAGCAGUCCGGGUGUUGAACUGGGAGAGCGAGAUUUUGUGACAGAUUGUUUCAAUACAGUGAAAGAGUGCACUGUGCAGAUGUCAUGCAAUCAAGGUCCAGGCGGUGGCUUGUUGCAAAAUUGCAGAUUGUCCCAACAUUUGCCAAUCUGUUGCUUGAAACAGACUUUUUUUCAUGGAUGUCCUGCAGACCAGGUUCCUGAUGUGAAUGUACUGGCUUGUGUUUAUGGUGGUGCGCAUUCUUUCCUGAAUGUGGUUCCCAGAUGGGGAACUAACUUUUCAUUGCAAGGUAAUGGUGGUGUGAGUACACAGCGUGAGUCUGUUGGCGCUGGUUCCAGUUCAGAUUUCAGUCAUUGCACACAUCCGCCCGAACCGCCCUCUCCAAAAGUAGAUUUUGCAGGAUCCAAUUCUUGGGAAUAUAGUCCUCAGCCUCUAUUCAGUUGGUCCCCUUCAGAAUUCCAGCAGGUAGAGAGGGAGUUUAGCCUUUUGCAGCCAGGUGUGCCAGAUCUAGGCAGCCUAACACCCGAUCAGGACAACGGCUAUUCCAGCCUCGAGGAGGAACAGCUCAAGGUUUUUGCUUCUGAGCUUUCUAAAGCUCAGUUUGAUGGAGUAAAACAAUCUUGUGGGUCACCUGUGGAUGUGCCUGCUGAGCUAACAGCUGUGGCAUUGGAAUUGAAAUCGGACUUAAACGUUUCUGACAAUUUACAACAAAAACUUGAAGAAUUUCCUGUCCUGAAGAAAGAUGAAAGUGAUCAUGUACUGCUGUUGGAACCUGACCUGACUUCUGAGGGAGCAGAGUUAGAGGAAAAUGAGCAGGAGCUGGUGCUUGCUGCCGAAGUGAUUUCAUUUUCACCUAAACCUGUGUGCCAAAAUAAACUAAUUGCAGACAUUUUAGGCUACAAUUUGUGCAACAGCAGUGAAGAUAGUGAUAGUGAUGAUGAUGGUGAUUGUAGUGAAGAUUAUUCAGACAGUGAGGAGGAUGAUGGUUUUGACAGUGAAGGAACAUAUUCUGAUUCAGAUUGUAGUAGUGCGGACUCAACUGUUUUGAAGUUAUGGAAUUCUUUCACAAACAACACAGAUCCAUAUGAUCUUUUCCAUUUCACAGCCAAAAUUCAGACAGGUCAAAAUAACAGAAGUGACAAUGGUAGUGAAAAGGUACCCAAGACUCUUACAGAAAAGGCUGACACAAAUUCUGCAGACUCUGAAAGGCUUUCAGAUAGCAUCAGUGCAAGUUCUGAUGAUGAAGAUGAUGCCUGGGAAGGUAGUAGUACAGAUGACUCUGAAAACCUGAAACUUUGGAAUACAUUUAAUAAUUCUCAGGAUCCCUAUAAUCCUUUUAAUUUUAAAGCUAAGCUCCACACUGGUAGCAACAGAUGUCAGGGAAAGCUCGCAGUGGAAAUGAUUGGAAAUAUCUUACCCCUACAUACAGAGUCCAGUGUAGCUUCUGCCUCUAAGGAAGUAGAUUGCUUAAGUAAUGGGUCUCCCAAUGCCUUUAAAGAUGAGAGUGUAACUGAUGAAGUGACCGUGAAAGCAGUAAAACAAAAAAAGGUGACCUUCAUUGAUAAAGUUACAGAGUAUUAUGUGUGUAUCCAAGAGGACCGCAAAGGACCUUGGGAGGAGAUGGCACGGGACAGGUGCAGGUUCCAGAAACGUGUACAGGAAGUAGAAGUGAGCAUCAGUCACUGCCUUACAGCUGAACAUCGUCGUAGGGUAUUACAGAGACUGUUUUAGAAUCCUAGUUGUAGGAUGACCAGACUGACUUUGAAUUGCUGUUUGAUGCCCUUGAGAUCUGUGCUUCUGUUAACUUUAGUGACUGAAACUGAAAGCCACUUUUGCCCCAUAACACCAAAACCUAUGAAGAAGUUUGUGUUAAUGUUUUGGAAACCAUUUCUAUUUAUUUCUUUAUUAUUUGGUAAAAAUUCAAGUUCAGAUGUAAAUAUCAGGAUCAUACCUUUCGGUGCAAGAAAUUUGGAUAAAGCCUGACAUAAUAGGGAGAGGCCCAGAAAUAGAGUAAAUGUAGAAAGUUGCUAGAAUAACGAGAUUUGUGUUAGCAUGCAUUUUCUGGAAUUAUAUGAGGUCUGAAGCUUAAAUGUAUGUCAUUAUUUAAUGACUUCAUUCCUCUGAUCAUUCCAGUGAUUUGCCAGGAAACUACAGAUUUUGAGGAGUAGACCAAAAAUAUGAGGCAAAAAUCUGCCAGUUGAGAGAGGUAUGAUCAGGAUGCAUCCUGUAAUGGCAGAGCUAUGUAACACAAAAAAUGCUUUAUGGCUUUCACUGCUUUGUAAAUUUUUGUUGUCAAUUCUGAAGAGUAGGCCUGCUUGUUCAUGAAAGUUUAGUACAUGCUAUUUUAUUAAUGGAAUAGUCCCUCCUAGAUCAGAUUACUUUGUUCAUAUCCAUUAAUUACUUUGUUCAUAUCCGUUAAUAACACAUCACAGUUUUUAAUCUGCAGCAAAGUCAUUUAAUUUGUUUGCAGACACCCAUUUCUUAAUGUGGCUCUUGGUAUUAUAGGAAUGCCCAUGUAGUUUAAAGGCUUCCUGUAUAGGUUCAAUUGGUUACUUUGAAUAGUGUUUUUGAAAACAAAUUUCCAGUUCUAAACAUCCCUUAGAACUCAAUGUGUUGAGCCUUGCUACCCAGUUUAGAAACUUUGGAGGAAAUGGAAGAAAUUAUUUUUAUUAUAUGCUUUUUACUUAAUGGUCGCUGAGCUUUAGGGUUUCUGGAAUAUCAUUUCAUAAAAGUCGAAAGCUGAUAUGCAGCGCACUGCAAAUGAAGCUGGUGCUAAUUCAAAUGGAUGUUGCAUCACUUGUCGAUGAAAAGCAAGGGUCCGGAGAAGUUCUGUUUUGCCUCAAGCAGUCUGUGUCAGUAUAAAUACCAGUUCAGUUCCCUUAUGAAAAUAAAGGUCAACUCAGUCAACAAAAACUAAACCCAAUCCUCCCCCAAAAAUGUAGUGUUUUUGUUUUUUUUUUUGUUUUUUUCUUCUGCUGUGUUUCAUUUACCAUUUUGCAGCUUUGUACUUGGAAUUUGUCAUUUGAGUGAUUCUACAGAGUAGUUAGUACGUUAGAAUUGUAUAGGAGACCGCAGUGGUAUUGUAGAGGACUGAAGGGCAAUUGUUAGCGUCCAAGCUUUGGAAGCGAUGUACAGUAGGCUUCUUUAAUUCUGAAUAGUAGGGCAUCCUAUGAGAAAACAAAAGCUGUGGUAAAUGAAUGUUUAAGUAUUCCCCUUGUGGAAUGAGGAAUACAAAUCUGGUUUUAGUCCGUGAACUAACACAGACAAAUUAAAUGACUUUUCUUUGCCUAGUUGCAAGAUAAGUAAAAACUUUGCCUCUUAAGUUGCAUUACAGGCAUUUUUUACUGCAAAGAAAGUAAAAACUUUGCCUCUUAAGUUGCAUUACAGGCAUUUUUUACUGUCUUGUGCUAUAUAACUAGAAAGUACAUACAAUUAUUGUCUUUUAGUGUCUUAAUACUCGGGUGUUUUCUUACAAUGUAUCUGAAGCUAGUUUUUAUGGUAAUCACCUGUGUUGUGACACUUAUCUUUUUUUAUAGCUCCUUGACUCUGACCCUAGUUUGUAACCAUAGCUGUUCAGAUGGCAGUACUUAAGUAUUUUGACCUAAAUCUGUAGACAUACUAUUUUUUUUAUACCUCCAGGUCUCUUACAUGAAUGUAGUUUUUGAUCCAGGAUAGUUCAGCUCAGUUGCAACUUUGGCUGCAGGAAAUCCAGGAGCUAGGCAAUUAGCCUUGUAUAUAAAAUGGAGCAUUAGUCCACUGCACAUGUUAUUUAGUGACUGUUGAAAGGGGAUUGAACCUUCGAUCAUCUGAUUUUUAGCUUUUUCCUGUAGUACGUGCCAUAAACCCCAUGCAAAAAAUAGUGCAGUGACUACAGAUAUAUCAUCUAAGAAGACAGCAGGAUUUAGGUGCACUUAAACAAGAAAUGUACAAAACUUAAUACUGAGAUAUUUACAAAAAACAUUUGAUCAGGUGGCACUUUCUUUCAUCUACAUGAUAUGCAUUUGUUAUAAAUUUUCAUUGUACACCAGUUGUUAAUUUAGUGACGUAGGCAUUUAAGUGGUUUGUACCAUUUUGUGCAACUGUUAACUGAGUGAUCAAAAGUUUGCCAUGUUGUCACUGAGUGAGCAUUCUGUUGUAUUUGUAAUGUUUGUCACUUGCUGGUUUCUAGUUUAGCAUAUUAAACAGUCUGCCAUAUUAGCCUUUUGUCUAAACAGUUCUAUAAACCAGCCUAUCAAGAACAGCCUACUUUUCCCCAUUUCCAGUGGCGGUGCAUUCUUUCUCCAUAGUUGAUAACUCAACAAGUGUUUAUAGUAAGACACACCAGGGUGCACAGUAGAAAGUACCACCCCCAGAGUGAUGUGAGUCUGCCUUAUGUCAGAACUGUUUUUAAGAAAUGAAUUUUCAUGCGAGUCAUGUUCUUAAAAAACGAGAUGAAAACAAAAAUAGUGCAAUGUACAUUGAGGACUUACACCCCUCCGCACCCCUGAAAAAAGGACUGCAAGGCACUUAAAACUGUGUGUAGUACAGGGUCUAAACACUUAUCUGGAAGUCCUGUUGGGAUGUCAUUCAAACCAGCACCGCCCUCAGUCUGAUGGUGUGUCCUGAAAUAAACAGUGCUAAUAAUUCUA